CUAAAUCCCCCACCCGCCGGGGGAGGGCCAGGCCGAGCGGCACGCAGCGCUCCCAUUGGAUGCGAAGCACCGAGAGCUGCGGGGCUGCGGGGCAGGGCUGCGUAAGGAGCCGCUACUCGACAGACUGGGACUCAGCAGCAUCACUCAGAAGCUGCUCUAUGCUGAUGGCCCUGGAUGUGGCAAAGUCGCUCUCUGAAGCCUCGCUGAGCCAGAAGGCCAAAUGCUACAGAAGGUGGGACUGCAUGGACAGACAGACGGACCACCUGGAGCUGGUCAGCGAUGUGCAGCAGCUUUCAGGUGCAGAAGAAGCCAAAGCUGCCCAGAACAGCACAGAGAGCCUGGCAGUGAGUGGACAUGGUGGUUUGGCCACUGAUGUUACAGCACCCGUACCCAGCUUGCCUGGAAUGAAAACAGACUGCUUGAAGAGACGGCCGCUGACCUACGGAGCUGACCGCAGUGGCGAUUCAUCUUGUUACCUUGGCCACUGGUCCUUCCUGGAACAGCAGCAGGACUCUAUAGAGGAAAGCAGCACUGCUGCUAUCCGUCACAUCGCUUCCAGGCACUGGAGCCAGGCACCUUGGUCCCCAUCCUCCUCCCCACCAGAAUCUUUGCCUCAGCAAACCCAGCCAAGCCCCAAGAGCCCCACGCGGAGCCACUCCAGAUCGAGCUUCUCCACUCUCUCUUUAGAGGAAAACAGCAUCUCUGAGCAGCAGGAAGGGAGGCCGUCCCACAGCUCACCAGCCAGCCUGGACACACCUUCUGCAGCCACCUGGGAGCUGUGCCGCCAGCCAGGUGUGACGGGAGGCAGGACAACAGGAGGCAGGACAACAGGAGGUAGGGCAACAGGAGGUAGGACACCACGGGCACGCAAGGCCCUCAGCCCCCUGCUGCAGGACUGUGCUACCAUGGAGCACGUCAGGAAGAUGUCCUCCUAUCAGGCUGAUUACUGGGCAUGCGCCAUACCUGAUUCAUUGCCCCCAUCCCCGGACCGUCAGUCCCCCCACUGGAACCCCAAUAAGGAGUACGAGGACUUGCUGGACUAUACAUACCCGCUGAAGCCAAAGUACAAGCUUGGGAAGGCGCUGGAGCCUUUCUUCCACGACUCGGGAGUAGAUCUGGACAGCUUUUCUCUGUCUCCAGAGGGCACUUUCAGAUCAACCAGCAUCUAUGGUCUAAGUUGGCAGGAUCAGGGAAGGAGAGAAAAUCAGCAUCAUGGGGUUGUGGCCUCUGUCAGGAGAUACUCCACCCCGGUGGCUGGACAAGCAGGCGGUGCAGGAGCUGCCUCUCACUAUGAACCUUCUCCCAUUGCAAAAGCAUCCUUGGCAAGGAGCUCUUCCUCCGCUGGCACAGCAGGUCCUGCUGGAGGUUCUGCUAAGGGUUUAACAUUAUCCGGGUUAGCGGGGCUGAGUUCAUUUGAUUGCCCUGAUGCGGAUGGGGGAAGCUGGUGUACCAGGAAUCCCUUUAGCAGUCACAAAGGAAAGGUGAGAAGCACUGAGAGGUUUCUGCCUACAACACGAGUACUCCCCUUGAGAAGGGAGUGGGACGCUGAUGAAGAAUUCCUUUCGCUGCCUCCUCGGCUCCGGGAGCUGGAAACGUUGUCUCAGAUUUUAUCUGAUCUUUCCUUAACUAUAAGGGACCCUCCGCCUCGCAGUGAUCGGCUGGAGACCUUCUCAUCUGAAUGGGCUCCUGUUGGAGAAGUGGGAAGCAGGGACCAAAGAGAGAGAAAUGGAGGCAGUGCUGGGCUAUGUCACCCCUAUGGUUGGGACAGCGCUCAGCCGAGCAGCAGAAUCAACAGAGACCCCUUGCACAGACCCCAUCUCCCUGCCAGCAGCAGGGCUGUGCUGCAGGGGACACGCACAGAGAGCGGACAGUGGAACGAGUCCCUCGCCCAGUGCGUUAAGGUGUUUUGCCACCAGCUGGAGGAGCUCAUCUGUUGGCUGUAUGAUGUGGCGGACACGGCGGAUGGCUGGGUGCCCCCCAUGCCCGAUGCUGCCAGCGUGAGGGCAGCGCUGCACCGUUACCUGGAGUUCAGGAAGGAUAUAGCUGACCACCGGAGCCUGACCGAGAGCGUGCUGCAGCGUGGAGCUGCUCUGCUCGACUGCAUGGCCUCCAGUUCGCCAGCCUUAAAGGACACGCUGGGAUUGAUCGAGAAGCAGUCUGAGGAGCUGGAGAACCACGCAGAGCGCCUGUACCAGUCGGUCCUGGCUGCUGUGGGUCCUGUGCAGGGGGAGGGCGGCAGCAGUGCACAGCAGGCGGCAGCUCAGGCACCAGAAGCCCAGUGGGUGAGCAGGGUGCCGAGCUUUGUUAGCCAGGCUCAGGAGGGCUGAGCAGAGCAGCAGCGCUGACAGCUCUGCAUGGACACCAUCGCUGUAUUGGCCAACGUGGGCCCAUUCGGUUCGGUUUUGACUGUAGCUGCAGACGGACAAGCUGUACAGCUGCUGUUCGGCUCCUGGUAUCGCUAAGCUGCGGAGCUCCGGCAGUGAGGAACAUACAGCUCUCUGCCUCCUUUUCUUCUCUUAUUGGAAUGUAGCUUUCUCUUUUAUUACAGUGCUCCGUUCCACGUGUCAGGAGCGCGUCUUUUGGACUGAGUGAUCCACAGUGUGCAGUGCAACUCACACCCAAGUAAAGCUGUGUGAUUCUAAUAGCAGCGUUCUCAGCUUGUGUUUGUGCCCUUCAAAACUAGGUGCUGGAAGCCAACACUGGCAGCUCCUUCUGGUUCUUGGGAGCCAACCCUUCUUUAUAGUCACCCAUCAGCUCCCACUGAGCUGUUUUGUUAUGCACAGAUGCAAGGAGCCGAUACUGGAGCUCAUAAGCAAGAGCCGAGUUCAGCAGGGAGCUGUUAAACCUGUUCUACCCUCCACCUGGCCACUGAACAGUGCCACCACGUUAAGUCAUGACUUAAACAUAAUCAAUAAAACAACAAAAAACCACCAAACAACUGGUGUAGCCCAAGUUGGUUUUGCAAUGCUUUUAUUACUGUAUAUAUUAACAUUGUUUUGGAUAUCAUGUAGCAGGCAUCUCAACAUUUAAGUUCAUUUGUGCAGUUCUCUGAAGGGAAGAUGUUUUGCCCUCAGUACACCUUCUGGGUCACUUCCUGAUCACUACCCCCAUGGCUCCUGCCCUCAAGGAGGAGCCACUUACAUUAUAAUGAAUUAUACCAACAAGCACAUCUCUAAUAGAAAGCACAUCACUUUAUUGUGAAGGACUCAAGUGGAAGAGUUCAACUUAACCAUGACAAUACUUUAUGUAUUACAAUUGCCUGUUGAUUGAUGCAACUAUGUUGAAGAAAGCUGUUAGCCAAAGUUCCAUCCUUCCCCCCCCCCCCCCC